UUUAAUAAAUGAAGGCGAAUAAAGAAAAUUCAAGCCCUUCAGUAACCCCAGCAAACCUGUACCACACAAAACCAUGUUGGUACUGGGAUAAGAAAGACUUGGAUCAUACACCCUCUCAGCUAGAAGGACUUGACCCAGCCACUGAGGCCAGGUACCGCCGAGAGGGGGCUCGGUUCAUCUCUGAUGUGGGCACACGUUUGGGACUACACUAUGAUACCCUGGCAACUGGAAUAAUUUAUUUUCAUCGCUUCUAUAUGUUUCAUUCCUUUAAGCAAUUUCCAAGAUAUAUAACAGGAGCUUGUUGUCUCUUUCUGGCUGGGAAAGUAGAAGAAACACCCAAAAAAUGUAAAGACAUCAUCAAAACAGCCCGUAGUUUAUUAAAUGAUGUACAAUUUGGCCAGUUUGGAGAUGACCCAAAGGAAGAAGUAAUGGUUCUGGAGAGAAUCCUACUACAGACUAUAAAGUUUGAUUUACAGGUAGAACAUCCAUACCAGUUCCUACUCAAGUAUGCAAAACAACUCAAAGGUGAUAAAAACAAAGUUCAAAAGUUGGUUCAAAUGGCAUGGACAUUUGUAAAUGACAGUCUCUGCACGACCUUGUCACUGCAGUGGGAACCAGAGAUCAUAGCAGUGGCAGUGAUGUAUUUCACAGGUCGUUUGUGUAAAUUUGAAAUCCAAGAAUGGACCUCCAAACCCAUGAAUCGGAGAUGGUGGGAGCAGUUUGUGCAAGAUGUCCCUAUGGAUGUUCUGGAAGAUAUCUGCCACCAAAUCCUGGAUCUUGAAGGGUAG